GGUUCUAAAAUAAUCUGAUGUUAAGUGAGGGCAAGCAGCUAAUUUUAUUAUUUGUAGAGAUAUGGAGAGAUAGGAGGACUGGGGCCGGUGCAGAAUGAGCCUCUCAGAGCCGAGCGUAUUGCUCCCAACGGAGUCCUUUUGUUGAGAUGGCGCUAAUAGCUGUCAGUAUCUCCCUGUGGAUAGCUUUCCUAGAUACAGGAUGGGGAAGUAAACCUACAACUGAUCACCAUCUUUGCAAACUGGAAAAGAGAACUGCAGACUGCCAAGGAAGGAGGCUGAGCUCCAUCCUAGAAGACUUGCCACUUGGAACACAGGAACUCUUCCUGGAUGCCAAUGUUAUACAGACUCUAAAGAAUGCGUCUUUGGUACAAUAUCAAGUCCUGCGGAGCCUCAGCCUCUGUGAGAAUGGGUUAGAGCUCAUUGAGCCUGAGGCUUUCCUUGGCACCAGGAGUCUCAGUAUUCUGUCUCUGGCCGACAAUGCUCUCUCCAUGAAUUAUUCUGUAACAGCAGUUGCUCUAUGGACUUUACCUGCCCUGAGGAAACUGGACCUAUCUGGAAAUCAGCUCACUGAGGCUAUGAUGGCCACCCUGAUCCAGCAUUUGCCCUCUCUAGAAUCUUUGUCCUUAGCCAGGAACGCCAUCAUGAGACUGGACAACUCUCACUUUAAAAAUUUGACCAUGCUGCAGCACCUAGAUUUGCAGCAAAACUACAUAUUUGAGAUUGAGACUGGUGCCUUUGAAAGUUUGCGAGGGCUGCAGCAGCUUAAUCUGGCCUACAACUACAUUCCUUGCAUUGUGGAGUUUGACCUGACCCAACUCCGGAUGUUAAAUGUCAGCAACAAUCACAUUGAGUGGUUCUUGUCUGCAGAGAAUGAUGCUGUCUAUGAACUAGAAACACUAGAUCUUUCCCACAACCAGCUCCUCUUCUUCCCACUGUUGCCCAUGCAAAAUAAACUGCAAACUCUGCUGCUGAUGCACAACAAAAUGAAUUUCUAUGGCAACAUUUUCAAUGAUUCAGAGAGCUUGGUGCAGCUGCUAUUACUGGAUGGCAAUAUCAUCAACAUCACCACCCUUGACCUCUGGGCAGAAACCUACCAUAGCAACCUCUCUUCUCUGCGUUUUUUGGACAUGAGCUGGAACCAGCUUUGGUACCUUCCAGAGAGGUUUUUUGAAGGUACAGCUUCCCUUUCUCAUCUGAACCUCAGCCACAACUGCUUAAAGACAUUGCAGAUACAGGAGAGGGAACUGCUAAGCACUCUCAUUGACUUGGAUCUUGGCUACAACCAACUUUUGGAUCUACGGAUGAUCUUGGGCCCCAGAGACAGCUUAGCCAACCUCCAAAGGUUUAAUCUAAGCACCAACAGACUGCAUGGCUUGCCAGCUAAAAUCUUUACUCACACAACAAAGAUCACUACACUUGACCUCAGUAGAAACCCUAUAGAGAUUUGUGCCCCACAUGGCAAUGGAAGUUCCAAUUGUGUAGACAUCAGUAAUGCUGGCUCCAUAAGGAAUCUUUUCCUGGCUGGUUGUAACCUAGAGAUGCUGGACAGCCACAUCUUUAAGGGGACCUCCAUAGCACACUUAGACCUUUCUAACAAUCCUGGGGUGCUGCUUAAUGGCUUGGAACCUCUGCAAGAUGUUGCACAAUCACUGCAGGUGCUCUCUCUCAGGAACACUGGCCUCUCUGCUGCCGGGAUGAAGAUGGACUUUUCUGCUUUUCAGAAACUGGUCAACCUAGAUCUGUCUGAAAACUCUCUGGCCAGCUUCCCUGAAUCUUUAACAGGCCUGGGACUACACAUUCUGGAUCUUAGGAGAAACUGCCUCCAUGCCCUACCUCAGCAUGCUAUGCAAAAGCAACUUGGAAAGAGCUUGCAUGAGAUUUACCUGAGCCAGAAUCCCUAUGACUGCUGUAAACUGGGAUGGUGGGAUACCCUGCAAAACCUUGGCACUGUAUACAUUGCAGACAGAAGUCAAGUCACAUGCAACUUCUCUUCCAGGUUCAUCAGUGCAGCAAAUCUGCCCGAAUCAAUCCUCCAGAAGUGCAGGUGGUUGACAGCAGAUGUGACUUUGCUGUAUCUGGUGCUUGCUCUUCCUACCUGUUUGGCCCUGCUGGUUGCCUUUGUCAUUAUCUUCCUGACUUUCAGACAACAAAUUCUUCAAAUGUUGAAGAGCAAGUACAGAACGUCCAGCCCGUAUUGACUUUGGGAUGGUGGGAAGAAGCCAGCCAUUGUGAUGCUCCAGAAUGGGCAUACUGUAGGUAGGAUUAGAAAGCUGAAAAAUCCUCUUGGGUGUUGCAGCUUCAGCAAUCCAAAGUGUAUGGCAAUGCCUUAUAAUGAGCUGCCAAACUUGUGUAACAAAAUGUCCUUGUAUGUAGUUGGCAGAGAUGGUACAGCACACAGUUCUGUGCAGAGGCAGAAAUAAGAUAAUACUGUUUAAUGUUCACAAUAGGAAGGGAAAGGCUUUUACAAACACAAGGGACAUGUAUAAGAAAGAGUGAUGCUGGGAUCAACCAUGAUGUUUAAAUAAAUACAGCUCCCACAAAGGUGUAAUUUUUGGGGCAAGCACUAACUAGCUUUUCUUGUAGGAGGGGCUAUUUUUUUUAUUUCUGAGCUUUGUCGACACACCAAUUGAAAGACUAACAGGGCAGACCUAAUGUUGGAGGGGAUGCUGUGGGACCUGGGUUUUCCAUUUCUCACAUUCCACGGCCAUGUCAGCUGUUGUGGCUAAUGCAUGGCUUCCCAACAUGGGAAGGAGGAGGAAGAGUCAUUUAUAAAAUUAGAAACAGUACAGUGUGAGAAAAUCGCCACAACAGUGCAGAUGUGAACAGUGUGUGCCAGACUGCAAGAGUUGAUUACCAAUCUGGCAUAACUCACCAUUGUCAAACUGACCAUCAAAUCUUGCACUAGAUUAGAGGGGAGGUGGCAACCAGCGCAUCAUGUUGCCUCCAUGUUCUGAAAUGGCUAUUUGAUCGUUAGCCAGAAUUUUUAAGGUUAUACACAAAAAAACACACAAUGGGAGCAUAGAGUAAAAAUGCUAAGUCUUUCCUCACCCAACCAUGCUGUAUAUUCCACAGCUUUUAAGCAGUAUUCAUUCAGAAUGACGCCAAUGCCAGAAGUGAACCACAAAACACAGUGAGGUAUGGUUGGGGAAAUGCUCCUCUCCCCUGCACGCUUCUGAUUGUGUAAAGAGCCACCUCAAUUUGUAUGUGAGUGAGGCAAACCACACUUAAGGCAGAUAAAAAAUCAGAGUGGCUACAAUAACAUUGGCAAUGGCAAAAUACAACUGUUCACAAUGAAACUCUAUUUUAAUUUUUUAAAAACAGAUUCCUAAAUCUUUCUGCCCCUUGUUGUAAAGGGGAAAAAAUAAAUGAAAAUGUGUGGUCUGCAGAGGUAUUAGAAACCAAGAAAUUUGAAUUGAGAACCUUGCAAGCAACACCACUACCAAUUAUAUCACAGAAGGGUUUCUCACCCACUAACAGACUUUCUCCUUUAACACUCCCUUAUUGUCCAAUUCUGCAUGGAUAUACUGUACAUUCUUUUUGCAGUGAUUGAUUAGUAAAGGUGGAGCAAUCUCGAGUUGUUGGAGAAGGCCACAGCACUAGAAUAAAAUUUUCCUUUAUUGCAGGGAUAGGGAACUUGUGGUCCUCCAGAUAUUGUUGGACUACAACAACACACCUCCUCCCUGACCCGUGCUGGCUGGGGUUGAUGGGAGUUGGACUCCAGCAACAUCUGGUGAGCCACAGGUCCCCCUCCCCUUUAUUGUGCCUGAUUAUAUAUCUUAAAAAAAACAUAUGGCCAGACACAAAUGUUGCAGGUGCCCUGAGCUCUUACCUAUUUAUUGGCUGUUCUUUGUUGCAGGCCUAUGUGUUUUUCAUUUGUAUGCAUAUGAGAAAUGUACGAACAGUUCAGCUGAAUACUCCAUGCUUUCUGAAGUGGUGUGUAAAUUGUAAUCUUUUGUAAGCUGCCCCGAUGAAAAUCUUUUGUUUUUGUUUUUUUUCAAUUAAUUUUUAUUCAAAUUUUCAAAAUCAAGACAAUACAAA